AUGGACAGCCGACAGAACUUCAACAUGAGCAUCCGAAACGUCGUCAACACGCCCCAGUCGGGACAAUCCGACUACCGCGGGAAUCCUGAAAUUCGUACAUCAGAACACCCCUACCAUCCUUCUACUUCCGAGUUCGCUUUCCGGCGUCCCGUUGGAUUCAAUGUGCCGCGCCAAUUCGAGAGCGCCAACUAUGCUACCGGCGCGCAUGGUGACCACCCCGGUAUGACGUACGAGGGGACAAAUUACACCAUGACCCCUCAAACCUUCGGGGUUAACAAUCAAACGUCCCACCUCGUUUGUUUGUUCAAUAAGGGGUCACGUAUUGAGACCAUUCACUUCCAUCCCGACUUGCCCCUCACAAUAGCAAAACUCCGUUCUUCCGGAUAUUCGCUUGGCCUUGACCUAAGCUCUCUCAGCAUGGCUCCGUCUCGCAUCAAACCCCAGUCACCCCUGGAGGGUUCGACGUGGUCUCAGCAGCAACUGCCCACCCCCCCUCACAAUCGCGGCGGCCGACGCAACGUUCGCAUGGAGAACUCAACCAGCAAUACGCCCACGGUUGACCAGUCUUCUCCUGUGGCCGACAAUGCCAGCGUCGAGGAAGAUGACCAGGAUUUGAAUCUUGAUUGGGUGACCAGAGCCGCCAGGUAUCUGGACCCCCGAACCGAGGAAGACCGCACGGAUCGUAUCGCCCUGGAGGCCGACCUUCGCCGUGGUGGCACUCGUUGCUACCACACCAGCAAGUGCAACACCAACGCGCCACCCCGCAAGGCCGUAUCUCAGUUCUUUGGGCGCAACAAGAAGGCAACGAGGCAAAUGCCUGAUCGUGUGUGGUGCAAUCUCUGUCGCAAGCACUACCAGCGCGCUCGUUACCGUAACUUGGCCGAGUACUCUCUUGAUCAGUGCAAUCUUAUCAUUGGCACAAUCGUCCGGGCCCAGAUCUGGUCCGAUAUCAGCCAUCGGGAGAAUCCGCACCUGAAGGGGGGAACUUUGAACGGAUGGAAGCUUGUUCCCCGUAAGCGCGAGCAACAGCGUCAGGAAGAGGCCAGCAAGGCGCGUGAGAAAGCACGUCUCCAGAGGGACAAGAAGCGGCCGCGCGACGACUAUGACGACGAACUCGAUGAACUCGAUUUCCUCCCGACCUCUAGGGUCGCGCCUGCCCUGCUUAGGCUCUGUGAUCGUGUGUACUCGUCGGUCCAAAUCAUCGACAUCAUCGACGAGCAUUUCAAAGCGCCCCUUGAGGAGGCCCUCAACUCGGGCCACCCCUCACAUGGCCUCCCUGACGUCGAGAUUCUUCCCGAGUAUGAUGGUACUGAUGAAACCCUCGAGAAGGAGCGCAAGGAGAAGGCCAACAAGAAGAAGGCCAACUCGGGAAACGUGACUACCCCUGAGAAGCGUCGCAAGCAGGCCACUCCGGGCACCGACUCGGAUGACUCGAACUAUCGCUACACGCCUCAGCAACGCACUGCUUACGGCUAUGACGACAGGCAGUAUGCCGGAGCUCACAACAACCUCCCCUCCCCCAGCCCCAGCAGAUCUAACUGGCCGGCCCAUUACUCCCAAGGUCCCUCCUAUUCUUACUCAUCCGGCAACGGCUAUAACGACUACAACGACAGGUCAUAUGCUGAGCGCCAGACCGGUGUCUCCUCUCCCAACCUUAACAGAUCUGACUGGGCUCCUAGCUAUCGUCAAACCCCCUCCAGCUACUACCAGUCUAGCAACUCGGUCAACAAUGGGCUCCAAAACAACACAUCCGCCACCUACAGCGGUAACACCCUUGCUCCCAUCGGUUCCGGCCGCGGAUAUAUCAACCCAAGCUAUACUGGCCUUACCCCCAGUUACAGCGCCCCCGGCGGCUUGGGCACCAGCAACAGCGGCAGCAUGUCAUCGUCUGGAGCUGGCCUGAACCCAAUGCUCCAGAACGACAACUCCUUCUAUCAGCCAGUUACGCAGAGAAGGGAGACCAUCGCUGCUUACCGCACUACUACCCAGCCCUCAUACGAGCCUCGUCGCACAUUCUCUGAAGCGAACAACCAGUACGCCGGCGGUCCCCCCAUCACCGCUUCGCAUGCCGCUUCUAUCCUCACCAACUUCCAGGAUAACACACGUCAAAAGUACGAAGGUGGAAGUAGUGCGUCCGAGUCCAUGCAAGGACCUGGAUACCCAGACUACUCGUCGGGCAGUUAUCCCAACCGUUACUAA